UCUCCCGCCCCAGGAAGAGGAAGGCUGCGCCGAGCUCUUUCUUCUUCCUUUUGCGGUGCUAUCCACGGAGGAGGUGUCUUGCUCUCUGGGCAGCUCCCACCCGGGCACCUGCCUACCUACCAACGGGGGCAGCAGCAAGGAGGCAGCCUCGCUUGACGCCCCUUUUCACGCGCGGCGGGAUGGAUCUGAACGAGCUGCUUUUAGACGAGGAGGGCGCUUUCUCCCUGAGCGGCUUCCAGGAGUUCACGUUUCUUCCCAGGCACCAGCAGCUGAGUGAUCGGGUACGCAAGAGACUUUACUAUGGUUGGGAUAAAGAAAGUGCCCUUGAUAACCUCUCAAGUCCAGUUGCCGAUAUUGCUGUUGAAUUGCUCCAGAAGGCUGCUCCCAGCCCGAUUCGCAGGCUCCAGAAAAAAUAUGUAUCACACGUCUCCCGGGAGGCUUGCAUCUCCCCCUGCUCCCUGAUGUUGGCCCUGGUUUACAUUGAGAGGCUUCGGCAUCGCAAUCCUGAAUAUCUACAGCAGAUCUCCUCCUCUGACCUCUUCUUGAUCUCUAUGAUGGUUGCCAGCAAAUACUUAUAUGAUGAAGGAGAAGAGGAGGAGGUCUUCAAUGAUGAAUGGGGUGCCGCAGGCAAAGUAGACGUACAGACCAUGAACACACUGGAGAUGAAUUUCCUCAGUGCCAUUGAUUGGAGCCUCUAUACUGAUCCCAAGGAGCUUUUUGAAAUGCUCAGCUGGCUGGAGGGAUGUGUGGCUGAGAGGCAGGGCAUCUGGCGUGGCUGGUUCACUUACACUGACCUGUGUGUCUUAAUGGAGCAAACACUGUGGCAGCAGGCACUGGGGCAUUUCUACCAGCAGGUGGCAAAGCUGGCUUGCCUUCUAGGUGUGAUGUACCUAACAGGUGUUGCUGCUCUCCUUGCUUCUACUGCAGUGGUUCAUCACACUAUACAUGUGAAAAGGUCCAGUCCUACUGAGUUUGCCAGCACAAGGGAUGCUCUAGCUGCAUACCUGCCUCUUCCUUCUUCAGUCCAGCAUCUGGAUCAUGGCUUAGUGCUACCUAACAGCUCUCCAUGCACAGGAGCAGAGAACAGAACCAUUCAAGGAGAGAAGCAGCAACAGCGGCAGCAGCCAGGAAGCAAUGGUGUAAUGGCUACAGCACUCUACCUGUGGGGCAGCGUCCUUAAUGUGUUACCUUAUCCGCCACCAGCCCCCACCAGCCCCUUGCUUUGUCCACACUGCAGUCAACCCACCACCUGCGUGGCAGCCAACCUCACAGUUUGCACCCAUCCUGCUCCACAGUUGGCCCCCUUUGGACUUGCUGCCCACCGCUCCCGCUGCUCAUGCUGGGGUUGGCCUCUUCCUGUGUCCUCUAACUGCAAAGACUGGCCUGAACCUCUGGCGUUGAAGCAGUGCCCCUCACAGGCUGCCUUGGAGCUUGGGAGGAUCAAGGCUUUCAUGUUCCCUAGCUAGGAAUGCAGGGGAGGGGAUGUAGCUUGGGGCUGGGGUGGGGGCACCUUGAUGGGAAAUGCUUUGGGUGUCUGGAAAAUGUAGGGCACAAGGCAGGAAAGAGUGGGAAAAGAGGUACCUAUCAGUCUGUGCCCCACUGGAUGUCAACUUCCCUUUCUGACCGCAGGACUUUUCUGCCCUCCAAAAUGGUCACUUUGCUUAGGGGCCACAAUGAGUCUUCUGGAAUGAUGCAUCCCAUCUUAGCUGUGUAAGGUUGGGUAGGAUGAAGGACUGAAUCAGCGAGGCCUGGGCCUGUUGGAACCAGUCUUCUGCUACAGCUGAGCCGUUUACCUGCCUGAAAGGCCUGACUAUAUUUUUGUCUGGCUAUAUUGAGUAAAACUUGGGGUGAAUUCACACACCUUGGGAGAGCUAGUAUAGGGCACCAUGAAUGGCCACCUAGCUUGGCUCUUUUUGUGUGGGAAUUUGCCUGGGGCACUUGGAAGUAAUCAUCUGUGGUGACUCCCUAUCAUGGUGAAAAAUACCAGCAAUUCUACACAUUCAGGCCACCAAGUGAUUGCCACACAAUUAACAUUACUUUGGCCUGUGCCUGCCUACCUUGCUUUCCUUUAUGAAGACAGUGUCCUUUGCUUUCUAAGAGCCAUGUAGGACUAGCCUGGAGUUUUCUUAACCAUAAGUCUGAGGAGAAAAGGGCACCGAUUUGCAGGGGGAGGCUCAUGAUCCAUCAGGUCAGGUCAGUGUUUUGGGAUCUCUGCUUCUGAAUGCUUGACUGCCCCCUCCAUUUCUUGGGCUGGGAGGGGGUGGAGGGAUGGCGACCACUUCUUACGCCCUGUUCCUACCAGCACAUUUUUGCUGUAGUUUUUUCACUAUUUCUUGUAGAUGGGAUCUCUUCUAAUAAAUAUAGCUGUUGGUGUGCAA